AUGGCCAGCAUACGACCCAGAAUCCUCUCCCGUCUCUCGGCGCCUUCACGGCUGAAGAACAAUAACAUGGUAUUCAAAAGACAAUUCGCCAAAGGCCACGACAUCGAGAACAUGCUCCAACAGAAGUCCUCCUGGGAGACGUAUCCCGAUUCCAUUCGAAAAUUAGCCGUUUUCGCCGAACACGCCAGAGCCCACAACUAUCAAAUCCCCCUCCUCUCGAAAGCCCAACAGGGAGACUUUGACCAAGCCCGAGCAUAUCACGUAGCAGCCGCCAUCCGUCAGCUCCGUGAAAUGAACGGCGAGGUCAUCGCAGGCCGCAAGAUUGGAUUCUCGAAUAAGAAUCUCUGGCCAAAGUACGGGAUUCAAGAAUCUAAUUGGAGUUAUAUGUAUCAGAAUACUGUCGUUGAUCUGCCUGAGAAGAGUGAGCUAGGGGAGGGCAAAGUUGUAAUGGCAAACAUCAGCCAUAUGUGGGCGUUGGAACCACGGAUUGAACCGGAAAUCAUUUUUGGACUGAAGAGGCCUGUAAAUCCGAGCAUGAGCGAUUUGGAAUUUCUUGGUUGUAUUGACUGGAUCUCGCAUGGAUUCGAGGUCGUUGCUUCCAUAUUUCCUCAUUGGAAGUUUACGGCUGUGGACUGUACGGCUGCGUUUGCUCUACAUGGCUUGCUGCUUGUUGGUCCGAAGCAAUCUCUUUCAAGUCCGGGGCUUAUGGGCGACAAACUACUGGAGAACCUCAAGAAUUUCAACGUGGAACUUCAAAGGAAUAAGGAAAAGGUGGCAAAUGGCACUGGAAGCAAUGUUCUUGGCAGUCCGAUUCUUGCUCUGCGACAUCUGACGGAGCUUUUGGCCAAGGACGAACACAAUAAGCCGCUCCAGGCUGGAGAGGUCGUUACUACGGGCACAUUGACGGAUGCAAUGCCUAUAAAAGACGGCGAUCACUGGUCUACCAAGGUGGACGGUAUCAAUCUCCCUGGACUAGAGGUCACGUUCAAGUUGCAGUGA